AUGCCACCAAGAUUACGAUGCACAGCGUCGGCCCGCGGCCUGACUGCUGCUGUCAAACCCUCCAGACCAUCUGCUGCUCUCCUGCGCCCAUCAACCCCAGCAGUGACCUCGGCCGCCAGACAAUAUGCGACGGUAUCUAGAGGCCUGAGCCUACCCGACGACUAUGUCCCUCCCACAAAACCGCCCACAGCCCGUCCCGGCGAGACCCGGAAGGCCCAGCUACUCCGAACAUAUACCUCCCUCCUCCGCACCACCCCCGUGGUUCUCCUGUUCCAACACAAUAACCUGACUGCCGAGGAAUGGAUUGCUGUUAGACGGGAACUCAAGGCCGCUCUCGACGCUGUACCAGCUACGGGAGAUGCGUCUGCCGAUAUUGCCUCCAAGGCUAAGAUCCAGGUCGUCAGAACAAGUAUCUUCGAUGUCGCCAUGAAGCUGGUCGAGUUCUUCGAUCCCUCGAAAGUCGAGCCCACCUCUGCUCCUACUGCUAGCGGCAAGAGGGUAAAGGUCACGUACAACCACGAUCUUUCCAAGGCUGCCUGGAAGGCCGUCAAGAGUGUCACCAUGGGUGAGACUAAGAUUCCCGAAACCUCCACAUACGCUCAGCUUUCGGCUCUUAUGGUCGGUCCUGUGGCGGCGUUCACUCUCCCAGCUGUGUCGCCUCAACAUCUUGCUGCUGCCCUCAGCAUUCUCGCCCCCAGCCCUCCACAGUUCCCUGCGCCAACAAGAAAGAAGAACCCCGGUUAUCAUGAACCUAUCACCCAGAGCGCCCUGCAGAAGCUGCUGCUCAUUGGUGCCCGGAUUGAGGACAAGGCGUUUGAUAUGGAGGGCGUCAAGUGGGUUGGUGGCAUCGAGAAUGGUCUGGAUGGUCUGCGUGCCCAGCUUGUGCACAUGCUCCAGAGCGCGGGCAUGGGUCUCACCUCGACGCUCGAGGGUGCGGGCAAGGCGCUCUGGCUCACGAUGGAAAGCAGGAGAACUGUGUUGGAGGAGGAGCAGAACGGUGGGAAGACGGAGGAGAAGAAGGCCGAUGCUUAA